UUCACUUGCAGCGAGCAACAGCAAGUUUCACUGCCGUGUGUUACAGAGUGACUCUUGGCUGGGUGGAUUCUCCAACGGGGAUUAUUUUUAACCGCUGCCACGAUGACAUUACAAUUUAAAGAUGCCUUCUGGGGAGAAGACUUUAUUAGUAAUAUAGGCUAUGAGGUCAUCAGUCAGAGGCUUCACGAUGGACGACGGACAUGCAAAGACAUGGAGGAGCUCUUGAAAAUGAGGGCAUCAGCGGAAGAGAAAUAUGGCAAGGAACUGGUCACAAUCGCCCGCAAAGCUGGGGGGUUAUAUGAGAUCUGCACUUUGAAAUCGUCUUUUGAUGAAAUGAAAACACAAAUUGAAAACAUAGGGAACAUGCACAUUCAGAUUGCCGGCAUGCUCAAGGAGGAGGUGAAGAGAAUGGAGCAGUUCAGAGAGCGGCAGAAAGAACAGAGAAAAAAGUUUGACGUCAUCAUGGAGAAGGUCCAGAAGUCAAAAGUCUCACUCUACAAGAAAACAACAGAUUCUAAAAGAUCCUACGAGCAGCGCUGCAAGGAGGCAGAUGAAGCAGAGCAAACCGCAGAGAAGAUGGGUAACGCUCCCACAGCCACACCCAAACAGAUUGAGAAGAUGAACAACAAAUCGAAACAGUGCAGAGAAUCUGCAGAGGAGGCUGAGAAACAGUACAUAUCAAACACUGAACAGCUGGAAAAGGUUCGCCAAGAAUGGGAAUCGACACACAUCAGCACGUGUGAGAUGUUUCAGCAACAGGAAGAGGACCGACUCAACGUACUAAGGAAUGCUUUGUGGGUGCACUGCAACCAUUUAUCAAUGCAGUGUGUGAAAGAUGAUGAGUGUUACGAGGAUGUGAGGAAGUCACUGGAAAAUUGUGACAUCAUCACAGACAACAACUGCUUUGUGGAGAUGAAACAAACUGGCUCAGCCCCCCCAGCUCCGAUUGAAUACCAGAAUUACUACGAGAGGGAUGCUACAGCCGACAGAAAUGGAAGCGCUGGAUUCGUAGGGGGGGUGAUGAAAAGGUUUUCAAAUCUUCUCCAGGGGAACUGUUCUGGUGGCUCCAAAUCCAGUCUCAAUGAACCAGCUCCCCAAUCUACUGGUACAGUAGACUCCUCAGCAGAAAAAUCAGAAGGAGUGUACGCCUCCAUUCCUGUAUUUCAGUCCCCCCAGCAGAGCAGCGAGCAGUUCAAGGUCAUCUAUGACUACGAGGCACAGGGGGAGGAUGAGCUGUCUGUAUCUUAUGGCGACGUCGUGGUUGUCAUAGAACAAGGCGAGGACGGCUGGUGGACGGUGCAAAGGAAUGGCCUCACAGGAUUGGUUCCAGGCUCUUACCUUAUCAAAGAAUGAGUUGACCUGAGAGCUGAGACUGUAUGACUAUGACACUCUCUCAUGUCGUGUUUUGUAAAGGUCUUGUCAUUUUAUUUUUUUCUUAGACUUUCAACUCAUCUGUUGUUCAUUAUGAUGUUACAUGCAUCAUUUAAUUCCCCCAUGAGUAGGAUUUCAGCACCCCCUACAGUGCAAUCAUUAGACACAUGCACUGUAUUUACAUGCAAACUUCUAUUCCACUAUUAUUCCACAUAUGACUAGAUUCUGAAUUUGAUAUGGAUCACGGUAAUGGCUUAUUCUGAAUCAGACCUUAUUCCAGAUGUAAAUUUUUGAGACAUGUGGGAUGUGAUGAUAUUUUUGUUUUUUUUCCAGAGCAUUCUUUGUACAUGUGUACAACAAAUUCAAACUAUGUGUUUUCAUUGAUGAUUUCACUACAGAUUGCAACACAAAGCAACUAAUCUGUUUAUGGUCAGCUCUGUGCGCUGACAAGGAUGCACUGUACACAAACCAACAAGCCACGGUUUCUGAAAAAACUAAAUAUUUUAUACAUGUUUACAGUCUCUAAAAGUACAUGGAUGCAUGAAUAUAGGGCUGACUCGUGCCAUUUGAAUGAGAAAUUGCACAGUAAUCCUACAGAUAGGGGCUUUCACAUACGGUAGCAUGAGACAGUGUUGAAAGGUGAAUUAUUAUUUAUUGCUAUGGCACAUAUUCAUAUUACUUUGCCCUUACAGCUGGUGUGUUGAGUGCUUCUCAUACCAAUGACAGCUGGGAGACUUCAGUGAUCUGUUGCACAAAGUCACUGCACUUUUAUAGUCCUACAUGUUGGGCAGAAUGUUUGGUUUCGGUUGUUGGCUUGUAUAUAAUUUCUAUUUGUAGUAACUGUUUCUACUUUGAAUGCUUAAAAAGAGAAUUAUUUGACAAAGCAUGACUAAGUUUUAUUUAUUUGAAAUGAAAGACCAUUUAGUUUGUUUGCAGCCCCUGCAAAUCAAGUUGCUCUAUUAUUUCCUCUUCACUGUAGUGAACAAGACCAGACCAGACCAGAACAGUCUAAACAAAGUAGCUGAAACGUACCCGGGCGGUAAUUCUCAUGUCACAUGUCUGAGCAGUCCGCAAAGAUAUCUGGUUACUCUGCAGCAGGUGAUUCAUUGCUAAAUUGGUCAUUUGGCCAGUCAUUUUAACGUGUGCAAAAAUGGUUGUUCGCUGCCUACAAGUUGUUUCAGAAGCGAGCACAACUUGGUCUACUGAUCCUAGAUUACUUUUAAUAUGAUAUUCACACAGAAAUGUUUGGAGCUGCAACAAUUAAUAUAUUAGUUACCAACCAUUAAAUGAAUCACCGACUAUUUUGAUUAUUGAUUCUUCAGUCUGAAUAUUUUUUUAAAGAAAAAAAAAACGGUCAAAAUUCUGUGAUUCUAUCUUCUCAGAUACAAAUAUUUUCUUACUGCUUUACUCCUUUAUGACAGUACAUGUCAUCUUUGGCCCGUGGACAAAACAAAACAGUCAAGGAUGUUAUCUCAAAUUUCACUUUUUGUGCAACAAUUUCAUCUCUUUGUUAAGACCUCAGAGAAACUGAACCAAUAAGUUAGACUCAUUUAAUUUAAAACUUUUCCCACUUUUUUUAUUGACAUUCUUGAGUCUUGCCAUUGCUACAUAUCAGCAAAUCAAACUUUAAAACCACCAUCAGGAGACAAAAAAAACAAAACAAGCUGCUAUAGGACAAAGUCUAUCUAGAGUUAAGUGUACAUAACUACCUGAAAAAUCCCACAUACCGAAAGGGAUCACAAGGGCUGAUUCUUACAAGAAAAGCCAGUUAAAUUACAUGUGACCUGUGGUGUCAACUAGUUCUUGACAAAAUACUGCUGGUGAAAGGUUUGAACCAAAACUGAGCUGUUAUAGGUGUAGUAAGAGUAUAAUAAUAGUAGUAGUUGUAGCUGUAGUAGUAAUGGGGGUUCAGGGUAGAAUUAUACAAUCUUCCGUUCAAGUACAUGACAGAUUUAAAUAUAAAAUAUUGAAAGCAACACGCGCAGUGCAAACUAACAUAUGAGGAAAUUACCCUGUCCAUAUUUCACUCCAUACAUGACUAACAGGACUUGAGUUUAGUAAGAUGGAGGUCUGCACCCUCAUGUUAUCCUCAGAGCAACAGAAUGCUUCCCACACCUCUUUUACGGUGACCAUGAAAGAAUUUGGUCAGUAGCUUUUUUUUUUUUUGGAAAAACAG